UCUCCAACCACAGGUCGUCAAGGAAACCAGAGUGUCAUGGCAACGUCGCUGACGCUUGAGAAGGGACUUAAUACCAAAUUGGGAAGUAAAGCACACAAACGCACUUACGCCGAAACACAGCUGGAAAUCUUCAAAGCAGCGGAUCUUCGAUGCAUCUAACAAGGCCAAAAUCCUCUAAGGGGCGAAGCAGACCUGCUGUAGACAGCUCACUGUAUCCAGGGGAGGCGAACAGCAUCCAGAGAGAGCCGAGGUCUCCUGAGUUCCGCAGGCCGGACAGAAACCUUCGCUCCCGGUCUCAGCCCGUCAUGUUGCAAGCUAACCACCUGAGCCAGGAGGAAGUUUUGCACAUGCUGCAGCGUACUCCUGCUGCUCCGCCACAGUCCUUAAACAAGUACAAAGUCCUUCCGUCAAUAGAGAGGAGAAGGCAGUCAGAGGUGAGCUUGCACAAAGACGUGUCCAACCUUAACCUAGAAAAUGAUGGUGAUGGUGAGACCAAGAUCUGCAGCCCCAGUGAUUCAACGGCAGAAGCUGGCAGUGGCAGUUUGCUUCUUGCUGUAAGAGCUCCAUGCGGAAGGAGGUUUCAGCAGCCCUUUGACCCCACACACACUCUGCUGACAGUGAAAGCCAGUGCAGAGGCCAGGUUUGGAACCAGGUAUGAAGAUGCUUGCAUUGAGACCAUGGAGGUACCACGCAGGAGCUUUACAGACCUGGGCAUGACUCUGGCACAGUGUGCCAUUCCUAACAGAUCCGUGCUGUGCAUCUCUCAGAAAACUGACAGUAUGGGGGGACAAGAGUAAUAUGUGUUUUUUGGGGUCUGUAAUUGUGCAUUUUGUAGCUUCACUUGGAUAUCUGAACUUCACUGUGCAAAGUUUAAAAGGCUUCUUUUACACCAAUCUGUAGCCUCUAAGAUUUUUAAUGCCAAACUUUGUCCAAUAUGCACCUUACUCAAGUAAAAUUAAGCUUCUUGUGCUCAGGAUGUGUCUGUGUAGCAGAAGAGAUGUUUUUACUGUAUUGUGUGUUCAUGAACCUGCACAGAGUUGUGAUUCUUCAGAGUACUUUGAGAUUAUAUACAUUUCAGGAUGUAUAAAUAAUAAAUGUUUCAUAACUCUGGAAGCUCAAUGAGCAAAUGGGGUUAUAUAUUUGAAAAAAAAAAUUCACAACUAUGUUGAUUCUCAAAAAUGAUUUAGAUGGCCUUUACGCAUGUAAAAGCUCAGUUUUGCAAUCUACGUUUAAUAAAUUUUAGUAAAGCUCCUUUCAACUUGUUUUGCUGAAGUGUUCAUUAAAACUAACUUAUCAUAAUCAAGUUUUAUAAUUAAAUGAGGGAAAGUAAUCUUUUGAAUCAUUUGAUCAAAUUUAAAUAAAUAAAAUGUAUCCUUUUUCAUGCAGUUCAUGGCAUGAGCAAGCAAGUAUAACUUCUUCCCCCCCACAAAAAGUUUAAUGACAAAUUAAAAUUUUAGAAGUUUUACAUUUAUGUCUGCAGUAUGUACCAUUUAUACUUAGAGUUCAGGGUGCCUCACAUCCCACCGAAUGAUAUUUACUACUUUAAUUGCUUCAGGAAGGUUUUGCAAGCUGGAAUUGUACAGCCUGCUCCUGAAGGCAUCAUCAAAACCUUAUUACUCAGGUGUACUCAUUAAAAUGUAAGCUAUUAGAACUACGCCGAGGAACUUGGAGUUUUUCACCCGAGUGAGUCAAUUAGUCUGCUUGGAGACUAAAACUGAAAAUACAGUUUUAAAUUUUAAGUAAAAUUAUGGUCAAAUGUGUUUCAACAAACUCAUAAUACCAUUUGUGCCAACUCUGGAAAAUUUAUUGAAACAAUCCCACAGUAAAAUUAAAGAAAAGAAAAGCUAUAAUUUCUCUCCCUGUCUCUCUCUUUUUAUUCACUUAUUUUUUAAACUUUAAGUCAUCUUCUCAGCAGGCUUCAACAAGAUUUUUUUUUUUUUAAUCCACAAAAAAACCUCAGCAACAUCCUCACGUGAAAUUAUGACUCCCGCUACAGUAAGACAGGCAUUUUAAACUUUUAAAAUGCUUUAAGCCACUCAAGGAUAUUUGAUGAAACU